GCGAGACGCUGCGCGGCGGCAGUGCCGGGCGCGAGCGGCAGCUGUCAGGCCACCGAGGUCUGAGCUGCUCUUGCUGACCCAGCGAGGAGGAGGCAGCAGGAACGGUGACCGUGUCGCUGAGGAGUCGGACUGCCGGCACGCAAAGCUGACCUGCCUGGCACCCGCGGCCUCUUCCCGUCUCUCUCCCAUUGUAUUGGAACCCUGAGAAGAAAGAACAAAACAAGAACAAGGAAAAGAAAAGACUAAAAUUGUGACAAAGACCCAACUGGGUUCUCUUGGUUAUAAACUCCUCCCCAUCUGGUGCUGCAACAAUGAGUGGGAAAUCCUUGCUCUUAAAGGUUAUUCUCUUGGGUGAUGGUGGAGUUGGGAAAAGCUCACUUAUGAACCGUUAUGUAACCAAUAAAUUUGACUCCCAGGCUUUUCACACCAUAGGGGUAGAGUUCUUAAAUCGAGAUCUGGAGGUAGAUGGACGUUUUGUAACUCUCCAGAUCUGGGACACUGCAGGGCAGGAGCGUUUCAAGAGCCUUAGGACACCCUUCUACAGGGGAGCAGACUGCUGCCUCUUGACCUUCAGUGUGGAUGACCGGCAGAGCUUUGAGAACCUUGGUAACUGGCAGAAAGAAUUCAUCUACUAUGCUGAUGUGAAAGACCCUGAGCACUUCCCCUUUGUAGUUCUGGGUAACAAGGUAGACAAAGAGGAUAGGCAAGUGACUACUGAGGAGGCACAAACCUGGUGCAUGGAGAAUGGGGAUUACCCUUAUCUAGAAACAAGUGCCAAAGAUGAUACUAAUGUGACAGUAGCCUUUGAAGAAGCUGUCAGGCAGGUGUUGGCUGUAGAGGAACAGCUGGAACAUUGCAUGUUAGGUCACACUAUUGACUUGAACAGUGGCUCCAAAGCAGGAUCUUCAUGCUGUUAAAAGUAGGAAGCCUUUUAAAAGUGUGCCCCAAAUUGUUCAGUCAAUAGUGUCAGAAUAACUGUGCCCCUCUAAGAGUGCACACACACGUAAAAGGUAGAAGGUUGUGGAUGUAUGUCAGAGCCUUUCAAAUUGAGGUUGUAGAGUGAUUAAAAAAAAAAAAAAAGCUUUGUCAAGCCAAGUGUAUUUUUUGUGAUUUCUUCUGUUUCCUUCUUGUGUGUAUCAGGGCAUUUCAGAAAGCUUUGGUCCUGAGAGAUUUAAAUAUUUUUCAAAUUGCAGUUUAAACUUAGAACCCAAUAGCAUGAAGGAGUUAAGGAGCUACAGCUGUCCCUUAAAGUGUUCCAUUAAUCAGCUAACAAAUGUCACCAUGAACUCUUGGCAAGCAGUUUCUGACAUUUCUGCCAAAGGAAAAAGAAUAAGACUCUUGAGCUGUGUUACAAUGAAAAAAUAAUAAUGCAAACAAGGAUGUCCUAAGCUUCAAUUAUAAAAAGGUUGUAAUAAUUCGUAUUGUAAGAGUAUAAUGAUGUACACUGCCUUGUUUAAGUCCUUAUAUGUGAUUUGUUACCAUGUGGGCUUUUCAAAAAGUAUCUCAAUAAGAGAUACACUGAUGUCAGUGUAACUUGAUUAUACUCUUUGUGUUUGAAGUAACAUGGUACUAGUGAAUGGAUUAUGCUUAAAUAUACCCACCACUCUUGCAAAUAAAUGGUUGGUCUGCUUUUACUUCAUAAGUCUCCUUUUGCUGCAUAGGGAUGUUGCUUCUCUGACAACCUCUUAUCAAUUUAGCAAUGUUGCUUAAUAUAUGACUUUGGAUGCAGUACUGUCUGCUGAUAAUUUUGAUGGUCCUUUGAUCCACCAUGCUCUGUUCUCAGAGAAACCUUCAGAAAAGAGUGGGGAGUGGAUGGGUAAUGACCUUUUCUCACAAGGUUCCUUAAUUCAAAUACUGAUUGUAGAAGGAACUAAUAUCUUGUAUGUUUCACUGUAUGUUCAGCUUGACAAACUAGGAUGUUGAAAGUAACAAGAGAGCCGACUUUAACCCAGUGGUGGAAUGAAUUUCUCACAGAGUUGUCCCACAGUGGAAUGGACUGCCUUAAUAGUGAACUCCCUUCCAAUGAAAAUAUUCAAGAAGAUACUAGAUGACCAUCUGUUAAAAUACCAUAAAAAUAUUUUCUGUACUGGCUAGAUGUUUGGUUUAAGGUUCCUUCCAGCUCUAAAUACUGUAUUAUAGAUAUGCAGUCUAGUUCUUGUUGUCUUGCAGUCUAAGAUCUGUUUGUCCUGCAGAGUUUUUAAUCUGUACUUUUAAAACAUCUAUGAUAAAAAUAGUGACCCAAGGUAGUAAGGGACAGUUAGAAAUGACCCCCCAAAAGACAUGUAGGCUGGGGAGGAAGCAGAAGCUUUUACAGGAAUACAACCUAGAACUCUCCAUUGUCACCGCAUAUGGAAUCAGCCUUACACAUGGGACCUUAUGUACUUUAAGAGCUCUGGGAAUUUUGGACUACACAGACAAGUGGAAGAUGGUAUUUCAACCCAGUCAUAUUCAAUAUUUCUAAUUUAAAUAUAGUCGUGACCCCUUUGUCCAAGUAAUUUUGAGACCAGAAGUCCAAAGCAGAACCGGGACCCCACAGCUCUUAAGUAAUGGUCCCUAUCCUGCCUAUGCCUACAGCCAGCCACACUGAUUUCCAAGUUCUAUGAUUGUUUUGCUACAAUUAUGUUAGGGUGAAAAUCUGUACAUCAGAACUGUUAAAUGCUAAUUGUUUUUAAGUGCAUGAGACCUGGGGCCUUCUCUUUCUACUUGCACUUUGCUUAUAAUAGUUUCUAUUUGUAGAUCUCAGGCUUAUGUAAAGACCUUCAUCCACUCACAAAAGUACUUGUCACUAUUAGAAUGGCAUGUGGUCAUUUAAGUAAAAAAAAAAAAAAUUAUGUGGGUAUUCUAUUCAUAGACCUCCUGUCUAACCAAGGCAAGUGUUAAUUUUAUUGACAGGUCAUCUGAAGCCCCUUUCCUCUUAGCCAUACCAAUUUUCUUCUGCCAAAUCACUACACAAUAUCUUAAUAAAAGCAGUUAACACUAAGUGAUAAAAACAGUGGCAUUUUUGGUGAGUAACACUCAGUGGGGUGCUGACAUACAGUUUGGGUAAAAUUAUCAAACACCAAAGGCUGAAAUCUCUGAGUACCAGGAACUGUGCAUAUAGGCUUAGAAAUUGUGUACACUAGAAUAUGCAGUGCUGUAUUUUCAGAACGUUUUUUAAAAUUAACACUGGAUUUUUUGAAUAUUUCUAAUUGGAACUAUACUUUUUUCAAUAGUCCAUUAAAACAUCAUACAGAAAAAUUUUUAGUUUAUUGUCAUGUAUUAGGCUAACAUUCAGGGGGCCUCAGAUUCCAUAUGUCUUCAAGUGGAUUGAUGAAUUUCAGGUUAAUUUGUGCCUGCCUUAGCCAUCUCUAUUUUACCUUGAGGUAUUCCACAAUCCUCUCCUCGUAGGUGCUGUUAAAACCUCAAAAUUGUGUAUCAGAAAUUUUGUUUCAACUGUAAAAAAAAUUAUCUGUGUUAAAGCGAAUAAAAAACGCCUUUUGAAUAACCAGUA